AUGGACCGCGCAAAUGGGCCUGGCGCGGCCGCCACGCGGGCGGAGCGGUUCGAGGACGAGAAGCGCCGCAUCAUCGAGAGCUGCUUCAACAAGAAAGAUUCCGAUGGCUCGCUGCUCGAGACCUACAUCACACAUAUCCGAAUCACCGAGUACUCGUCCCAUCCUACGACGCCGCCGCCCCCGCAAGCUCGGACGCCCGAUUCUGAGAAGCCCCGAGUCAUCAUCGUCGCCGUUCGAAAGUCGGGCCGAGUCCGCAUGCACAAAUCCAAAGAGAACCCCACCGGUACCUUUUCCAUCGGCAAGUCGUGGAAUCUUGACGACCUCACCCAGAUCGAGUCUUUCACCGGGCCCCAGGUGAGCCCCAACCACCGCCAAUGGGGCGGCGACACGGGCUUCCUCGUCAGUCUCGGCAAGCCAUACUAUUGGCAGGCCCAGACCGACAAGGAGAAGAAGUUCUUCAUUGCGAGCCUGAUCAAGAUCUACGGCAAGUACACGGGCGGCAAGAUCCCCGAGCUCAGCGGCUUCGACCAACGCGAGCUCGACCAGGUCCUCGGCGCUGGGAGACGGCCGCCACCCGCGGCCGCGCCGCGGCCUCCGCCCUUGGAGCCUUCGCCUAGCCAGCCGAGCGCCCCUCCAACCGCGCCAGUCCCGCCUGUGCCUUCGGCAUUGAGCACUCCAGAGCAGCCGCGCUUCCAGAAGCCGCCGACUGUACGGCCCCCGCUGAACGGCUCGAACUCCCCGGCCGCUAGCUUCGACUCGACGCGAUCGGGAGAGAGGCCGCCGGCGCCGCGAUGGACGGCACAGAAUAACAGGAGCCAGGACUCUUUUGCGAACAGGAGCGAUGAUACCUCCAGCAUACCGCCUCGCUCCCGGAACGGGAUGGCUGGGCCUGGCGCCUUUGCGCGUUUUGGAGAGUCGAGAGAGCCGUCUGAGCCGCCGGCGGACACUCGCACUCCUCCCCAACCGCAGGCUGACGAGAAGCCGCCGCCAGAGAGAAGAAGACCGCCCAUGGAUCCGUCUCGCCCUCAAGACCGGGAUCUGGUGCCCCCACCGCUUAUGAGCCCUACCAACAAGCGAGAUCCCGUCGCGCCGCCGCCGAGAAGCACAGAUCGGAUGUCGCCAAGAAAGGGCUCGGCCACGGGCCAAGAGCGUGGAGCUCCCACGUUGCCGAGCGCGUUCAAGGAUCGAGACGUCCCGCCGCCGGCCAUGGCACCUCUCGACACGACCAUGAAGUCAGAGUCGCCUAUGCCUGGACUGUCUCGGGGGGCGCCCGCAGCCGCCUCCGUCGCCACCACCUCGCAGCCCGAGACUCCGGCGGCCUCGACUCCUACUGCGACGGAAACCCCGCCCGUGCCAGACAUCCCAGACGAGGAAUCAAGACCCGGCCUGGGACCCAUGAUCAAGGCGAAGCGGUCCAAGGGCGACAUUGCUGGUGCUCUUUGGAAGGCCGCAAGCGCCGCCAACGCUUUCCGCCCGCGUCCCGGCGGUGCUGGAGACCGCCUUCGACAGGCGCAGAACAAGACGACCAUGGAGGGACCGGAUGGCAUCACAGGCGUCGUGCCAGCCCCGCCUCGCCCCGUGUCAAAGGACCAAAAAUCAGAUGCGCCAGAAGCCUCGAAACCAGCAGAGAGCGAGUCGCCUAUCCCUGAGGUAAAGAUUACGCCGUCAACUUCAAACCAGCUCGCGAGCAAGUCCAGCACGGAGACGGCCGCCGCGUCGGUGAAGAAGGAGGAACCUCGAAAGGAAGAGACUCCUGGACGAUCAGUCGUUGCUGGAAACGACGCCAAGUACAUGCAAUCCCUUGGCAUUGACCCAACAUUUUUGGACGGCCGAAGCGAGGAGUUCGGCAAGUGGCUCGACUACUUCGGCUGGGUUCCGGGAGACCGCAUGCGGGCACAGAGCAUAGACGAGAUGAAGGCCGAUCUCGAAAGGGAGCUGAACAAGGCCCAGGCUGGCGGCUGGCUCGCCCGCUUCCAGGAGGAGGACGAGAGGGUCGGCGCCAUCAAGAGAGGCAUCGAUGUUGCCAUCGCAGAGUGUGAGGAGAUGGAUAAUUUGCUCACCCUCUACUCUGUCGAACUCUCGACUCUAUCCGACGACAUUUCCUACAUUGAGGCUCAAGGCCAGGGUCUUCAAGUACAGACUGCCAAUCAGAAGCUGCUGAGGAAGGAGCUCGAAUCCCUCCUCGAGACCUGCGCCAUCACCUCAUCAGAUCUCGAGGCACUUCGACUGGCACCGCUGGACGAUCUGCGAGGCUUAGAAGAGGUCGAAACUGCCCUUGUGACGCUCUUCAAGGCUAUGAGCAAGAUGGAUCCGUCCAUUGGCACCAACGACGCGACCCCGCCUGCCGGCAGCGCGUUGGAUUCCGACCGAGCCCUUGGUCUCAACAGCGACUACGGGCAGAUGCGAAUCGUGCAAGAGAAGAAGGACAUGUAUCUCCAAGAGAACGCCUACUUCAUGCGACGGCUUCUCGAGGUCAUGGCGCUUCAAUUUGACGAGGCGUAUUCUGAGACGAAGCGGUCCCUCGAAGGUGCUCUGGCGAAGAAAGUCGAUCCGUCCAACUACGACGCGGGCCGUGACCUGCUCUGGAAGUACAGCCCGUUGAUGCUCUACGCCAGGGAUGCAGACUUGGACAACUGGAACAGGCUGGUGCAAAUCUAUCAAGACAAGAGCCACCCUGUUUACAAGUCGCAAUUCCAGAACGUUGUGGCCAUUUGGCGCAAAAACGCCCGCAAGAUGACGGCCGAAGAUGCCGAGCUGCUCUUCUCGUCACAGGUAGAGAAGCAGCAAGAAGGCGUGGCGAGCACUGCGCGGAAGUUGACGGUCAAGCGAAGCCAGACGUUGGCGAGAGCUCUCAGGUCGCCCCUCGCAGACGGAAGCAAAGCACAUGCAACAGAAAAGGGUGGCUCAGACUCGAGGAGCUUUCCGUACGAGGUAUUCGCUGGGGUUCUGGACGAUCUCCUGCCGCUCGUGGAGAUGGAGCAAAACUUUGUCACCGACUUCUUCCACGCCUCGACGCUGGAGCAAGUUGACUUCCCCGACGCUGUUGCGGCUAAUCCGCCUCGCAAUCGUCGCGGAGGGGACCUGAAGCGGCACCGCCUCAUGGAGCCCGACAGGGAGCUGGCUCGUCGGGUGACCAGAUCCAUGGAGGUUAUAUUCGUCUUCCUCGAGUCCGAACUGCAACGCUUGAUGGAGUGGGUGAUUGGGCAAGAUCCAUUGCAAGGUAUUGGCGUUCUCGCCGUGCUGGAGAAGAAAAUGUCGGAGAUGGCCCAGUCGAAUCAAGACUACCUCAACACCCUUCUCCAAAGGUUGCACAGUCUGUUGGAGGGCCGCUUCCACAAAUUCGUCGAUGAGCAGAUCCGCGCCAUCGAAGAGACAAAGGUCAAGAUCAACAAGCGCAAGGGUGUCAUCUCCUUCAUCCGCGUCUUCCCGGCGUUCAUGACCGCGGUCGAGAACAUGCUUGUCGGCCUCGACUCGAACCUGGCCCUUCGCCGCACCAUUGACCGCGAGUACGACCGCAUUCUCAAGUCCAUGUUCGACUCGCUCAUGGUCAUUGCCCGAGAGCACCCUGCUGCCGGCGUCGCGAGCGGGGCCGCUGAUCCAGAGGACAAGGAGGCGCUCAACUUCCACAUCCUGCUGAUUGAGAACAUGAACCACUUUAUCGAAGAUACGGACACGCGCGGUCUCGAGGUACUGGAGGACUGGAAGGAGCAGGCAAGCAGGGAAUACCAUGAGCACAUGGGUCUCUACCUAAACGCCGUCAUGCGACGUCCGCUGGGCAAGCUGCUGGAUCACCUCGAAAAUAUCGAGGCGCAGAUCCAGACGGGCAAGUCGCCCACGGCCAUCGCCGGGCAGCCCUCCAACAGCAAGCUCAUCUUCAACAAGAUCCUCAGCUACUACGACUCCAAGGAGGUGCGCAAGGGCAUCGAGGCACUGCGCAAGCGAGUCGAGAAGCACUUUGGCGACGCCGACGACCCUGCGCUGAGCCGCGGCCUCGUGCAGAACGUGACGAGGGAAUGCGAGACCUUUUACAACGAGGUGGAGAGCCGGAUAGGGCGCGUGACGACGGACGUGUACGGAGGCGAGGUGGCGUUCGAAUGGCCCCGGGCCGACGUCAAGGCUGCUUUUCGCUGA